AUGGCCCCUACAAGCCCCCGCUUCUCCCCUGAGGAGGUCACAGUCCUCUUCUUCCUCGGCGGCCCUGGCAGCGGCAAGGGCACCCAAUCCGCCAACCUAGUCAAGGACUACGGUUUCGUCCACCUCUCCGCCGGCGACCUCCUCCGCGCCGAACAACUCCGCGAGGGCAGCCAGUACGGCCAAAUGAUCAAAACCUACAUCACCGAAGGCAAAAUCGUCCCCAUGGAAGUCACCGUCAACCUCCUUUCCAACGCAAUGCGCGACUCCCUCGACGCCAACCCGCCCGCACCCGGUACCAAGGCGCGCUUCCUGAUUGACGGGUUCCCGCGGAAGCUGGAUCAGGCCGUUUUCUUCGAGGAGACCGUUUGCCCGUCCGAGUUGGUGCUGUUCUUGGAUUGUCCGGAGGACGUGAUGGAGGCUCGGUUGUUGAAGCGUGGGGAGACGAGUGGACGGGAUGAUGAUAAUGCGGAGUCUAUUCGCAAGCGAUUCAGGACCUUUGUGGAGACAUCUAUGCCCGUUGUUGAUGACUUCGAGGCCAAGGGGAAGGUCGUUAAGGUCCAGGCGACUGGGUCCGUGGAGGAGGUUUAUGCUCAGGUGAAGAAGGGGAUUGAGGAGCGUGGUGUGCAUGCCCGUUAA